ACAUGAUAACAGGAGUGCAGUCGCAGCUGUGAGCUGUUAACCAGCGUUUCUCAGGAGGGAAGAGUUGGGGAGGCUCUGGCAGCUUGGGGAACGUUUAAACUUUAAAUUCACCGGUUUGCAGGAACGCACAAAGUGGAAUAGCAGAAACUCAAGUGAAUGGGAAGUGAGCACCUUCUUUACUGUAAGGUUGCUAAGAUUUACUGAAACUCUUUGAACAUGGCAUCAGAAGAGGAGUUUGAUGAUGAGUUGGAGGAGGAGUAUGAAGAGUACUAUGAGGAGGGUCCAACAAUCACCACCAGGACCACCACCACCACUAAAGUGUCUCAUGGUGUAGAGCCUGGGCCUGGUGGCCUUCCUAGACGCACAGUUAGGAAGAGGGCAAAGGUGGACACCUCCAAGUUCAUGACACCUUACCUGGCACACAGUCAGAAGAUGCUUGACCAGUACAGCCACAAUAAAUACAGGGAGGAAUAUGAAAAAUCAAAGGGGCAACCCUAUGCCAUUUCGGCUGACACACCUGAGAUGAUUCGCAUCAAGAAGGCCCAGGAACAGCUUAGUGAGAUUAAAUACCGUAUGGAGGGGCUGAAGGGCACCAGUCUCUACGAUGGUCAAGCUCGUGAGAUUGUCCAUGUGAAGAAUGUCUCUGAGCUUCUCAGCAAAGCUCUGUACAGGCAGAAAUGGGAUGAGACCAAGGACAGGUACUUGCUGCCUCCUGAUGCCCCUGAAAUGGUUCUUGCUGUGAAGAAUGCAGCAAAUUACAGCAAGAAACUGUACACCGAGGCGUGGGAUGAGGAAAAGACCAUGUACUAUCCAUACAGUGACAGCCCAGAGCUGCGCAGGGUGGCCAAAGCCCAAGAAGUCCUCAGUGAUAUUGUCUACAAGAAGGGUCAUGAUGAGCGAAAGCGCAAGUACACGUGUCUGGCUAAUCCUCCAGAGAUGGAACAGGCCAAGAAAAACUUUGAAAAUCGUAGUGAUCUUAAAUAUCAUGAGGAUUACAACAAAAAUGUUAAGGGCCAGUGGUGUGAAACUCCUUACUUCGAUAUCGCUGCCGGAAAAAUGGCAAUGGACAACAUCAGUGAAAAAAAAUAUACCGCUGCUUUUGAAGACAUGAAAGACCAAAUUUAUUUCAUGCAAACAGAGACGCCAACAUACGAUUCAAAUAAAAAGGCUCAACAUGCUGCAAGUUCGGUGAAAUAUAGGAAGGACUAUGAGAAAACAAAAGAUCAAUCCGAUUACAACGUUCUCCCUGCUACAGAGAACCCCCUUCUCAGACAGCUGAGAUACGCCGGCACCAUUUUGAGUGAUAAAGUGUACAAGGACAGCUAUGAGAAAUCAAAGGGAUUCAGCAUCAAUUACUGCGAUACUCCCAAAUUCAAGAUGGACAGUGUAUUGAAGAAGUUUACUGACGCACAUUAUAAAGACACGUAUGAAAAGGCCGUGAAAGGUCAUUACAUCGGUAGCUAUGAAGAUAUAUAUAUGCUUCACUGCCAGAAGGUGGAGGAAAUGAAGAAUGACAAAAAUUACAAAGCUGAUUAUGAGGAUAUGAAGUCAAGGUGUUUCUUCCCCCAAACUGUUACGCCAGAAUAUGAGGCCAGUAAGAAGCUUCAAGAAUGUAAUGAAAAAACAUAUCGCCAACAUCCAGACAAGGUUAAGUUUACACAGGUGACAGACUCACCUGUCAUGGUUCAAGCUGCCAUCAACGCCAAACAGCUGAGCGAUCUCAACUACAAGGAACAAUAUGAAAAGGAGAAGUUUAAGUGUUACCUCCCUCCUGACUAUCCUUUCUUCAUUCAGUCCCGAGUUAACGCAUAUAAUCUAAGUGAUACAUGUUACAAGUAUGAAUGGGACAAGACAAAAUCAAAGAAAUUUGAGGUGAAAGGAGAUGCGAUUCCAAUCCUCGCCGCUCGCGCCCACACCAACAUCGCUAGUGAUGUUAAAUACAAGAAGGAAUACGAGAAGAACAGAGGGCAGAUGAUUGGGGCACUCAGCAUUCAUGAUGACCCUAAAAUUUUGCACUCAGUACAUGUUGCUAAGAUGCAAAGUGAGCGUGAAUAUAAGAAAGACUAUGAGAAGACAAAGACCAAGUAUCAUACGCCACUGGACAUGAUGCUUGUGACUCUUGCUAAGAAAUCUCAGGCUAUUGCCAGCAUGACUGGCUACAAGAAGAUCUCAAACCGUUAUCUCAUGCCUUAUGACAGCAUACCGUUGGACACGGCAAAGAAGGCAAAUGCCAUCCAGAGUGAUAAUGAGUACAAGUCAGAAUACAACAACUACGUCAAAGGAACGCCGUGGGUGCCUUAUGGCUCCUUGGAUGUUGAAAAGUGCAAGAAAGCAGGAGAUAUCUUAAGCGAGAAAAAGUACAGGCAGCAUCCGGACACUGUACCUUUCACCUCUAUAGAUGACCAUCCCAUCCAGAUGCAGGCUAAGCUCAACCAAAUGAUCAGAAGUGAUCUGCACUAUAAGAAAGGCCUAGAGGACGUCCAUCAGAAAUAUUCCCUGCCACCUGAUGUCCCAGAGUUGCUUCAGGCCAGAUGUAAUGCGUACAACAUAAGCAAUAAUUACUAUAAGGUUGAAUGGCUGAAGACUAUUGCAAAGGGCUAUGAUCUGAAGCCUGAUGCCAUCUCUGUAAUUGCAGCGAAGGCAGCAAGACAUGCUGCUAGUGAUGUUCAGUACAAGAAACAGUACAUGAAGGAUAGAGGUCAUCACGUUGGCUUCCGUAGUCUUCAUGAUGACCCCUUGCUGGUGCACUACAUGCAUGUGGCAAAGAUGCAAAGUGAAAGGAACUACACGAAGGAUUAUCACAAAGCCAAGCUAAAGUAUCACACCCCUGUAGACAUGCUGAGUGUGGUACAGGCCAAGCAUUCAUCUAAUGUUCAGACAUACAUAGGAUACAGACAGCCUCUUCAUCGCUAUACCAUGCUUCCUGAUGCAAUGAAUCUGGAGUUGGCUCGCUCCAUGAACCACAGCUCCAGUGAUUACCAGUACAAACAGGAUUACGAGAACUAUGUCAAAGGAACCGGAUGGAUCCCCAUUGGUUCGCUGGACGUUGAGAAGGCUAAGACUGCUGGUGCAGCUCUCAAUGAGAAGAAGUACAGGCAGCACCCAGACACUAUCAAGUUCACCAGCGUUGUGGACUCACCUGUUAUGGAACAAGCCAAAAUAAAUGCACUGCAGCUAAGCGAUAGACUCUACAAAGCCAGUGGUGAGAAAUUUAUGCACACCUACCAUCUCCCUGCUGAUGCACCAGACUUCUUGCAAGCCAAAUAUAACGCUGUCAACGUUAGCAAGACCUACUAUACGUACGCACACAAGCAGGAUCUCUUGAAAGGACAUCACGUGAAGCAAGACGCCAUUCCUAUUGUCGCUGCAAAAAGCUCUAGGGAUAUUGCCAGUGAUUACAAGUAUAAGCUUGCUCAUCAGAAGGCCAGGGGCAAACAUGUUGGCUUCCGUAGUCUUCAGGAUGACCCCUUGCUGGUGCACUACAUGAAUGUGGCCAAGAUUCAAAGUGAAAGGAACUACAAAAAAGAUUACCACAAGGCCAAGCUGAAGUACCACUCCCCUGUGGACAUGCUUAGCAUCAUACAAGCCAAGCAGGCAUCUAAAGUUCAAACAAAUACAGGCUACAAGAAGGUUCACCACAAUUAUAUGCUACUACCAGAUGCCAUGCACAUUGGACUAGCUCGCAAUAUGAUGGAGAUCCAAAGCGAUAAUUUGUAUAAAUCAGAGUAUAACAACAUCUACAAAGGAGCAGGUUGGAUCCCAAUAGGUUCCAUUGAUGUUGAGAAGGCCAAGACAGCCAGAGCAGCUCUUGAUGAGAAGUCGUACAGAACUCACCCCAGUACCCUGAAAUUCACCAGUCUGACAGACCAGAUGAACAUGGUCUUGGCCAUGAACAACUCCAAACUACAAGAUAAAGCGGCCUAUAAAGCCUCUGGAGAGAAAUUCAUGCACACCUACAAUUUACCUGCUGAUGCACCAGAGUUCCUGCAGGCCAAAUAUAAUGCCCAGACAAUGAGUGAGUCCCACUACAAGGCUCGGUGGCUCGAAGACAUCGCCAAAGGCUAUGACAUGAAAGCUGAUGCUAUUCCUAUUGUUGCUGCUAAACUCGGAAGACACAUUGCCAGUAAUUAUCAGUACAAAAAAGCCUUUGAGAAGGCAAGAGGUCACCACGUUGGCUUCCGUAGUCUUCAGGAUGACCCCCUACUGGUGCACUACAUGAAUGUGGCCAAGAUACAGAGUGAUAGAAACUACAAAAAGGAUUACCACAAGGCCAAGCUGAAGUACCACACCCCUGUAGACAUGCUGAGUAUCAUACAGGCCAAGAAUGCCUCUAAGGCUCAAACAUAUGCAGGAUAUAAGCAGCCUAUGCAUCGCUACACUCUGCUUCCUGAUGCCAUGAGUCUGGCGUUAGCUCGCUCCAUGAAUGUCAGCUCCAGCGAUGUUGAGUACAAGAGUGAAUACAACAGCAUUAUGAAAGGCAUAGGAUGGGUGCCAAUUGGAUCCCUGGGAGUAGAGACAGCAAAGUUAGGAGGAAAGAUUCUGAGUGAACAUAAUUACCGCACUCAUCCCUCCAAUUACACCUUCCACAAGCAUAUGGACUCUAUGGACCUCGCAUUGGCCGCUGCUAAUAACAAAAUCAUGGACAAGAAAUCCUACCAUGCAGCCUGGGAAAGUGAUAAGACCAAAACUCAUGUGAUGCCUGACAUUCCUGAAAUUGUGUUGGCCAAGGCCAAUGCAUUGAACAUGAGUCAGAAACUCUACAAAGCUGGUCUAGAGGAAAUGUAUAAAAAAGGCUAUGAUCUCAAACCAGAUGCUAUUUCAAUUGUGGCCGCCAAAACCGGCAGGAAUAUUGCUAGUGAUUACAAAUAUAAGCUGGCAUACGAGAAGGCAAGAGGUCACCACGUUGGCUUCCGUAGUCUUCAGGAUGACCCCUUACUGGUGCACUACAUGAAUGUGGCCAAGAUACAGAGUGAAAGAAACUACAAGAAGGAUUACCACAAGUCCAAGCUGAAGUACCACACCCCUGUAGACAUGCUGAGUAUCAUACAGGCCAAGAAUGCCUCUAAGGCUCAAACAUAUGCAGGAUAUAAGCAGCCUAUGCAUCGCUACACUCUGCUUCCUGAUGCCAUGAGUCUGGCAUUAGCCCGCUCCAUGAAUGUCAGCGCCAGCGAUGUUGAGUACAAGAGUGAAUACAACAGCAUUAUGAAAGGUAUUGGAUGGGUGCCAAUUGGUUCCCUUGGAGUAGAGACCGCAAAGAUCGGAGGAAAGAUUCUGAGUGAACAUAAAUACCGCACUCACCCCUCCAAUUACACCUUCCAAAAGAAUAUGGACUCUAUGGACCUUGCCUUGGCUACUGCUAACAACAAAAUCAUGGACAAGCAAGCAUACACAGAGGCUUGGAACAAAGAUAAGACAAAAAUCCACAUCAUGCCUGACAGUCCUGAGAUUCUUCUUGCCAAAGUGAAUGCAGUCAACAUUAGUCAGAAAGCCUACAAAGCAGGAUUGGAAGCCCUGAUAAAGAAAGGCCAUGAUCUUAAAGCUGAUGCUGUAUCAGUGAUUGCAGCUAGAGCCUCCACAAACAUUGCCAGUGACUACAAGUACAAAAAGGAGUACAACAAAGAAAGAGGACAUCACGUUGGCUUCCGUAGUCUUCAGGAUGACCCCUUGCUGGUGCACUACAUGCAUGUGGCCAAAAUACAGAGUGAUAGACUCUACAAGAAGGAUUACCACAAGGCAAAGCUGAAGUACCACUCCCCUGUAGAUAUGCUGAGUAUUGUGCAGGCCAAGCAGACUACAGCUGCUCAAACCUAUGCUGGAUACAAGCAGCUCAUUAGACAUUGUAAAGUUCUGCCUGAUGCCAUGAACUUUCAGCUGACUCGCAACAUGCAGAUGAUCGCAAGUGAUAACAUCUACAAAUCUGAGUAUAACAGUUACAUGAAAGGAAUUGGAUGGAUUCCCAUUGGGUCUCUGGACGUGGAGAAAGCAAAGAAUGCUAGUCGGAUAGGCAGUGAGAAACUGUACCGUACACACCCCAGUAACUAUAAAUUCACUAAAGAAAUGUCUUCCAUGGAUUUGGUCCUAGCUGCGACCAAUAAUGCAAUCAAUAAUAAGCAAAAAUAUUUGGAAGCCUGGGAAAAUGACAAAACCAAGGUUCACAUUAAGCCAGAUUCUAUGGAAGUGUCUCUUGCUCGUCAGAAUCAAGUUCAUUACAGUGAGAAACAGUACAGACUUGCCCAUGAACUUUCCAAGAAGAAGGGUCAUGAUUUGCGUGGUGAUGCUAUUUCUAUCAUUGCUGCCAGGGCCUCCAGGGACAUUGCUAGUGAUUAUAAAUACAAGACUGGCUAUCGUAAACAAGUUGGUCAUCAUAUUGGAGCCCUCAGCAUCCAGGAUGAUCCACUGCUCAUGCUGGCCUUGAACUCGGCUAAGAUUGCUAGCGAUGCUCUCUACAGGAAGGACUUUAACAAAUCCAAAACUAAGUUUCACCUUCCAGUUGACAUGAUUGCAUUUGAACUGGCCAAGAAAAACCAGAUCCAGGUCAAUGAUGCCAACUACAGAACCUACCUGCACAACUGGACCUGCCUGCCAGACUCCAGUGAUGUUGUCCAUGCCAGACAUGUCUAUGAACUCCAGAGCGAUGCAGUGUACAAGGCUGAUCUGAAAUGGCUUCAAGGUCUUGGAUGGGUCCCAAUCGGUUCACUGGAUGUUGAAAAAGCAAAGAAGGCAGGAGAAAUCAUGAGUGAGAAACGUUAUCGUCAGCACCCAAGCAACUACAAGUUUACCCUCACAACUGAAGACAUGCCGCUCGUUUUGGCCAAAGCCAAUAAUCAGAUCAUGAACAAGAGCAAAUACACUGAAGCUUGGAACAAAGCUAAGACACAGAUUCACAUUAUGCCUGAUGCAAUGGACGUGGUGCUUGCAAAGCAAAACAAGGUCAUCUAUAGUGAGAGCAAAUAUAAACUUGACCAUGAACUUUCCAAGAAGAAGGGUCAUGAUUUGCGUGGUGAUGCUAUUUCUAUCAUUGCUGCCAAGGCCUCCAGGGACAUUGCUAGUGAUUACAAAUAUAAGGCUGGUUAUCGUAAGCAAGUUGGUCAUCACAUUGGAGCCCUCAGCAUCCACGAUGAUCCACUGCUCAUGCUGGCCUUGAACUCAGCUAAGAUUGCUAGCGAUGCUCUCUACAGGAAGGACUUUAACAAAUCCAAAACUAAGUUCAAACUUCCAGUUGACAUGAUUGCAUUUGAACUGGCCAAGAAGAACCAGAUCCAGGUCAAUGAUGCCAACUACAGAACCUACCUGCACAACUGGACCUGCCUGCCAGACUCCAAUGACGUUGUCCAUGCUAGACAUGUCUAUGAACUCCAGAGUGAUGCUGUUUAUAAGGCUGAUCUGAAAUGGCUUCAAGGACUUGGGUGGGUCCCCAUUGGUUCCCUUGAUGUUGAAAAGGCAAAAAAGGCUGGAGAUAUCAUGAGUGAAAGGAAAUAUCGUGAGCACCCUAGCAAAUUUAAGUUCAAACUCACAACUGAAGAUAUGCCAAUGGCUUUGGCUAAAGCCAACAACACUAUCAUGAAUAAGCAACAAUAUGUUGAAGCCUGGAACAAGGCCAAAACAACGAUCCAUGUCAUGCCAGAUGCUAUCGACAUUAUACAUGCCAAACAGAACAAGGCCAACUACAGUGAAAAAUUAUACAAGCUUGCUAAUGAAGAAGCUAAAAAGAAGGGAUAUGACCUGCGCAGUGAUGCUGUCUCCAUCAAAGCAGCCAAGGCCUCUAGGGAUAUUGCCAGUGAUUAUAAGUACAAGACUGGUUAUCGUAAGCAAGUUGGUCAUCACAUUGGAGCCCGCUGUAUCGAGGAUGAUCCACUGCUUGUGCUGGCCGUGAACUCUGCCAAGAUUGCUAGUGAUGCUCUCUACAAGAAGGACUUUAACAAAUCCAAAACGAAGUUCCACCUUCCUGUGGAUAUGUUGAAUCUUGAGCUGGCUAAAAAAUGCCAGAUCCAGGUCAAUGAUUUCAAUUACAGAACCCACUUGCACAACUGGACCUGCUUGCCAGACUCCAACGAUGUUGUCCAUGCCAGACACGUCUAUGACCUCAAGAGUGAUGCUGUAUACAAAGCUGAUUUAAAAUGGCUUCAAGGAAUUGGAUGGGUGCCCAUUGGCUCAAUUGAUGUCGAGAAAGCAAAGAAGGCUGGAGAAAUCUUGAGUGAAAGAAAGUACCGUCAACACCCAAGCAACUUCAAAUUUACCUGCACAACUGAAGACAUGCCAAUUGUUUUGGCCAAAGCCAAUGCAAACAUCAUGAACAAGAAAAGUUAUGUGGAAGCUUGGGAUAAAGCAAAGACCACAAUCCAUGUCAUGCCGGAUACAAUGGAAAUAAUGCUGGCCAAACAGAACAAAAUCAAUUACAGUGAGAAACUAUAUAAGCUUGCCAAUGAGGAGGCCAAAAAGAAAGGCUAUGACAUUCGUAGUGAUGCUGUUUCUAUAAAAGCAGCUAAAGCAUCUCGGGAUAUUGUCAGUGAUUACAAGUACAAAGCUGGUUAUCGUAAGCAAGUUGGUCAUCACAUUGGAGCCCUCAGCAUCCACGAUGAUCCACUGCUCAUGCUAGCCUUGAACUCAGCCAGGAUCGCUAGUGAUGUUCUCUACAAAAAGGACUUCAACAAAUCCAAAACUAAGUACAACCUCCCUGUGGACAUGUUGGCAUUUGAAUUGGCUAAGAAGAACCAGAUCCAGGUCAAUGAUGCCAACUACAGAACCUACCUGCACAACUGGACCUGCCUGCCAGACUCCAAUGAUGUUGUUCACGCCAGACACGUCUAUGAACUCCAGAGUGAUGCGGUGUAUAAGGCUGAUCUAAAAUGGCUUCAAGGAAUUGGAUGGGUCCCUAUUGGUUCAAUUGAUGUUGAGAAAGCGAAAAAGGCUGGAGAAAUCUUAAAUGAAAGGAAAUACCGUGAGCACCCAAGCAACUUUAAGUUCACCCUCACAACUGAAGACAUGCCACUGGCCUUAGCUAAAAGUAAUGCUACCAUUAACAACAAGAAACUUUACACUGAAGCCUGGGACAAUGCAAAGACCCAAAUCCAUGUUAUGCCUGACUGCAUGGAGGUUUUGUUGGCAAAGCAGAACAAUCUAAAUUACAGUGAGAAAAGAUACAAGCAAGCCAAUGAAGACUCCAAGAAAAAGGGCUAUGACUUACGUGCAGAUGCUGUUGCCAUCAAAGCAGCUAAGGCAUCCAGAGAUAUCAUCAGUGAUUACAAAUACAAGACUGGUUAUCGUAAACAAGUUGGUCAUCAUAUUGGAGCGCGCUGUAUCCAGGAUGAUCCACUGGUCAUGCUUGCCUUGAACUCAGCUAAGAUUGCUAGUGAUGCUCUCUACAAGAAGGACUUUAACAAAUCCAAGACCAAAUACAACCUACCAGCAGACAUGCUGACCCUUGAGCUGGCCAAGAAAUGCCAAAUCCAAGUAAAUGAUUUCAAUUACAGAACCUACCUGCACAACUGGACCUGCUUGCCAGACUCCAAUGACGUUGUCCAGGCCAGGAAGAUUUAUGAUUUGCGCAGUGAUAUCGUGUACAAAGCAGACAUGGAGUUUAUGACAGGUCUAGGGUGGGUACCCAUAGGCUCACUUGAGGUCCUGAAGGCAAAGAAAGCAGCUGAAAUCCUCAGUGAGCGCUUGUACAGGCAGAAACCUGAAACGUUUACAUUUAAACAAGACAUGGAGUCCAUGCCCAUGGUGCUUGCCAAGACAAAUGCUCAAAUUAUGAAUCAGCGCGACUACCAUGCAGCGUGGGAGGUUGACAAGACCAAGAUCCACAUCCCUCCUGAUACUCCAGAAAUUGUGCUUUCAAACGCUAAUGCAAUGAACAAUAGUAGGAAACUAUACAGACAAGCUGUUGAAGACAUCUUCAGGAAAGGCUAUGACCUUAAAUCCGAUGCUGUAGCCAUUAAAGCUGCCAAAGCAUCCAGAGACAUUAUUAGUGACUACAAGUACAAGGCUGGUUAUCGUAAGCAAGUCGGUCAUCACAUUGGUGCCCGCUGUAUCGAGGAUGACCCACUGCUUGUGCUGGCUGUGAACUCUGCCAAGAUUGCUAGUGAUGCUCUCUACAAGAAGGACUUUAACAAAUCCAAAACUAAGUUCCACCUUCCUGUGGAUAUGUUGAAUCUUGAACUGGCUAAAAAAUGCCAGAUCCAGGUCAAUGAUUUCAAUUACAGAACUCACCUGCAUAACUGGACCUGCUUGCCAGACUCCAAUGAUGUUGUUCAGGCCAGGAAGGUCUAUGAUCUUCGAAGCGAUGCUGUGUAUAAGGCUGAUCUUGAAUGGAUCAGGGGUACAGGGUGGGUUCCCAUUGGCUCCCUUGACGUAUUAAAAGCCAAAAAAGCCGGUGAGAUUCUGAGCGACAGGAUGUACCGGCAACAUCCAAGCAACUACAAGUUUACAAGUAAAACGGAUGCGAUACCUUUUGCUCUCGCCCAAGCCAAUGCCAAAGUCAUGGACAAGAAUGCAUAUGUUGAAGCCUGGAAUAAGGAUAAGAUCAAUAUCCAUGUCAUGCCCGACACCCCUGAAAUUAUCCUUGGACAACAGAACAGACUCAACACAAGCCACAAAUACUACCGUCAAGCCUAUGAGGAUAGCCUUCAGAAGGGCUACUUUCUGCCUAAGGAUGCCGUUGCAGUGAAAGCUGCCAAGGCUUCAAGGGAUAUCAUUAGCGAUUACAAGUACAAGGCUGGCUACAGGAAGCAACAAGGGCACCACAUCGGAGCUCUCAGCAUCCAUGACGAUCCCUUGAUAAUGCUGGCCAAUAACGCAGGCAAGAUCGCUAGUGAUAAUUUGUACAAGAAAGAUUUUAACAAAUCCAAGACCAAGUACAACCUACCAGCGGACAUGCUGUCUCUUGAACUGGCUAAGAAAUGCCAAAUGCAAGUCAACGAGGUCAACUACAGAACUUACCUGCACAACUGGACCUGCUUACCAGACUCUAAUGAUGUUGUCCAGGCCAGAAAGGUCUAUGACCUGCGCAGUGAUGCUGUGUACCAAGCUGACCUUGAAUGGAUCCGUGGGUGUGGAUGGAUGCCACAUGGAUCUGUUGAUGUCGUAAAAGCCAAGAAUGCUCAAACGAUUCUAAAUGAACGACUAUACCGCCAGCCUCCCAGCACCGUCAAGUUCACCAGUAUUGUGGACCUGCCUGCCAUAGUCCUGUCCAAACAAAAUGCUGAUAUUCUCAGUGAUAGGAAAUACAGAGAGGCAUGGGAUAAAGAUAAGACAUCCAUCCACAUCAUGCCAGACACACCUGCCAUUGAGUUGUCCAGAGCUAAUGCUAUUGCUGUCAGCAAUAGAUUGUACAGCAAAGAAUGGGAUGCUACGAAGGCAAAGGCAUACCAAAUCAAAGAGGAUGCCGUCUCUGUUAUUAAGGCCAAAGCCUCAAGAGAUAUAGCCAGUGAUUACAAGUACAAGGCUGGUUAUCGUAAGCAAGUCGGUCAUCACAUUGGAGCCCGCUGCAUCCAGGAUGAUCCGCUGCUCGUGCUGGCCGUGAACUCUGGCAAGAUUGCAAGUGAUGUUCUCUACAAGAAGGACUUUAACAAAUCCAAAACCAAGUUCCACCUUCCUGUAGAUAUGUUGACUCUUGAGCUGGCUAAAAAAUGCCAGAUUCAGGUCAAUGAUUUCAAUUACAGAACCUACCUGCACAACUGGACCUGCUUGCCAGACUCCAAUGACGUUGUCCAGGCCAGGAAGGUUUAUGAUCUGCGUAGUGAUGCUGUAUACAAGGCUGAUCUAGAGUGGCUGAGGGGAUGUGGAUGGAUUCCCCAUGAGUCUGUUGAAGUCCUCAAAGUUAGGAAUGCCCAGAAGAUCCUAGCUGAUAGAGGAUACCGUGUUAAGUUGGAUGAGCAGAAAUAUUCAACACCCAUUGACAGAGUUGACUUUGUGUGUUCCAAAAACGCAGCUGAUGUCCUCAAUGAGGCCAAGUAUCGUGAGGCCUGGCAAGAGGACAAGACUAAAUAUUCUCUGACAGAUACUCCUCUUUUGGCUACAUCUAGGGAAGUGGCCAAGAUGCACCACCCGCACCUGUACACUAAAGACUGGAACCAGACCAAAGACACGUCAUACUACAUGCCUGGAGAUGCUGUUCCGAUUAAACAAAGCAUCAGCAACACUAAAGUGCAGAGUAUGUACAAAUACAAAGAGGGCUACCGUAAGCAAGUUGGUCAUCAUAUUGGAGCCCUUAGCGUCCAGGAUGAUCCACUGCUCAUGCUGGCUUUGAAUUCAGCUAAGAUUGCUAGCGAUGCUCUCUACAAGAAGGACUUUAACAAAUCCAAGACGAAAUUCAACCUCCCAGUGGACAUGCUGGCAUUUGAACAUGCAAAGAAAUGCCAGAUCCAAGUCAAUGACGAACACUACAGAACCCGUUUGCACCAAUGGACUUGCCUGCCUGAUCAAAACGAUGUCAUUCAGGCCCGUAAAGCAUAUGACCUGGCUAGUGAUAAUGUCUACAAAUCAGAUUUAGAAUGGAUCCGUGGUUGUGGUUGGGUGGCUGCGGAUUGUGUAGAUCACGUCAAAGUCCGAAAAGCCCAGGAGAUUCUGAACGAAAGACUUUACACAAAGGAUGCCAAGGACAAUUUUGCAAGAUUUACCCACAUUGUGGAUCGCCCUGAGGUUGUCCUAGCAAAGGUUAACGCUUUCAACCUUAGUGAUCUGAAGUACAAGGAAUCCUUUAACCUGGAGAAGGGCCACUAUAUUGGAUCUGAAGAUACACCACAGUUGGCUCACAGUAGAGAGGCUGCAAAGCUUCUCAGUGAGAAACUGUACAAAAAUGCCUGGGAUGAAAGCAAAGCUACAGGCUACCAGCUAGACCAAGAAUACAUACCAGUAAAAUCAGCCAAGAAAACCAGAGACAUUAUCAGUAAUGUGAAGUACAAUGAUGCUCAUGAAAAAGCCAAAGGCCAUUACAUGGCUUCAACACUGGUAGACUUCCCUGAGGUGGUCCGAUCUGGUCAAAUGGAGAAGAUGAAGAAUUUGCGAGACUACCACAAAGACUACAAUGACACCAAAACUAAGCUCCACAUUCCUGCUGACAUGAUCAGCCAUGUGGUUGCUAAGAAAUGCCAGGAUAUCUUAAGCGAUGUGCUAUACCGUACAUAUCUGCACCAGUGGACAUGCCACCCUGAUCAGAAUGAUGCCAUCCAAGCCCGCAAAGCAAAUGAGAUCUUGAGUGACGUGUUUUACAAAGAAGACCUGAACUGGAUGAAAGGCAUUGGCUGUUAUGUCUGGGACACUCCUGAGAUUUUGCGUGCAAAGAAGUCAUAUGAUCUACAGAGUGAUAUUCAAUACAAAGCAGAAGGCAAGAAGGAAUUCAACAACUACUCCAUUGUGACAGACACCCCUGUGUACGUAACUGCCAUCCUGGGCCACACCUGGGCCAGUGAGUUGAACUACAGAGAGGCAUAUCAUAAGGAGAAACACAUUUACACCACUAUUCUUGACACCUAUGACUAUGCAAGAUGCUUCAACCUAAAGCAGAUCUACAGCACUAAAGCGUAUUCUGCAGCUUGGGACACGAUCAAGGCCAAGAGCUACAGUAUUCCCCACGACUCCCAUGCCUUAGCCCAUGCCAAACAGCAGAAGGUUGUGCUCAGCAACAUUAAAUACAAAGAAGAGUAUGAGAAGUUUAAGAGUCUGUACAGCCUGCCCAAGUGUCUUGAGGACGACCCAGCCACUUCAAGGUGCAUCAAAGCUGGAAAACUUAUACUGGAUCGCCUGUACAAAGGCGCCUAUGAGAAGACCAAGGCAAAGAUCCACGUACCUCCAGACAUGCUUGAGAUAGUAGCUGCACGCAACACUCAGAAAAUGAUCAGCGGGGUUGACUACCGUAAAUACCUGCACCAGUGGAUCUGCCUGCCUGACAUGCAAGUGUACGUGCAGGCUCGCAAGGUCAACGAGCAACUGAGCGAUAUCUUCUACAAAGAUGACCUCAACUGGUUGAAGGGUGUUGGCUGCUACGCUUGGGACACUCCAGAGAUUCUUCGUUGUAAGCACGCAAUGAACCUGCAGAGUGACAAUCUGUACAAAGCUAAGGGAAUCGAUCACUUGAAGAACUUCUCUGUGGUUAUGGACACUCCUGUCUAUGAGACAUGCAAACAGAGCGCUCUGAACUUGAGCAAUCUCAACUACCGCAGUGACUAUGUCACAAAUGUCUUGGGUACAAACACGGCUCCUGCUGUGACUGUUGAUACUGAAAGAGCUCGGCUAGCCAACUACAUCCAGAGCGAACACAUCUACAAAGAGGCCAAUAAGAACUUUAUGCCUACUGGCUACACUCUGCCAUACGACACUCCACUCAACAAGCAGGCCAAAACCAACACCACUACCACCAGCAAUGUGAAGUACAGGGAAGCCUAUGACCUAAUGAAAGCCAAGGGCUACACCCUAGACCCUGAAGGUGUCAACUUUGUCAAUAUCAGGAAGAUGAACAAGGUCAUCAACGAGCGACUUUAUCGUGAGCAAUAUCACAGGGAAAAAGACAAGAUUCACUCCGAGUAUGACACUCCUGAGAUCAGACAGGUUAAAGCUACCCAGCACGCAGUCAGUGAUCUCUGCUAUAAGGAGAAGUACUACAAUAACAGAGGAAACUAUAUAUCCCUGCCUAUCACCCCCGAGCUGAUGCACUAUUUCCAUGUCAAUGAGAUCAACAGUGAUCUGAAAUAUAAAGAGGAUCUGCACUGGCUGAGAGGCCUUGGCUGCUUUAUGUUUGACUCUCCAGAAAUGGUCAGGAUUCGUAAAAUCACAGAUUUUAAGAAAUCAUAUGAAGUUGAUGCCAAGAAGAACUUAUCCAAUUUUAGUGUAGUCCUGGACACACCAGAGUACAAGCGAGUGACUGAGCUCAAGACCCACAUCAGUGAUCUGGUGUACCGAGCUCAUGGCCUUAAGGAGAAGUCAAAAUGUUCAAUCACUGUGGAUGGUCUGGAGAUUAAGAGAGCCAAGUGGGCCCAGACUCUGACCAAUCAUUACCAAUACGUUGAUCUUGCAUCUAAAGAGAGAGCCUUCUACACCCCAGAAGCCCAUACUCCUUACUUGAAUCAUGCUCGGUCCAUGAAAGUGAUGUACAGUGAGAAAAAGUACAAGGAACAAUAUGAGAAGAUGAAGCACAGGUACACUCCCAUCAGAGACACACCAAUCCUGAUCCGUUGCAAGAAGGCCUACCUCAAUGCUAGUGAUCUGCGCUACAAAGAGACCUUUGAGCUGUCCAAGGGACGCUACCAUCCUGACAAGGAAGCCCGAGAUAUUGUUUGCGCCAAGAGAGUCAGAGAUGAUAUCAGCGAGGUCAAAUACAGGGAGAAGUACAUCAGUUCCUUGGGCACCUGGAAGUCCAUCCCAGACCGCCCUGAGUUCUUCCACAGCCGAAUUGUGAGGGACCACGUCAGUGAUGUCAAGUACAAAGAAGAUCUAGAAUGGAUCAAGGGCAUCGGCUGCUAUGUGUGGGACACACCUGAGUUGUUGCGGGCUGAACAUAACAAGAGCCUCUAUAGCGAAAGGCUUUACAAAACAUCAUUUGAGAAGAACAGAUACAACUUCAAGUACACGUCUGACACACCAUUCUUUACGAUGACCAAGAAUGCUUCACUUCUGAUCAAUGAGAAAUCCUACCGUGCCAGCUAUGAAAAGUCAAAGGACAAAUAUACCGUAGUUGUAGAUGACCCUAGAAACCUCUUGGCCAAGGAGGUCAACAAGAUGAGCCAGGGAAGAUAUAAAAUCAAGGCUAAGGAAUUACUCAAGAGUGGCUGCAAUGAGCUGCUCCGCCCUGAUAUCCUCACUGCCCUGUACAACUCUGGCAUGUGGAGUAAGUGGAGGUACAGAGAGCAAUAUGAACGUGCCAAGUCGAAGUUCACCUCAAUUCUGGAUACUCCUUCUUACAAAGUUGCCAAGCGCAGCAAGCAGAUCAGCGAUAUCAUCUAUCAAAUGGAGUACCACAAGACCAAAGCAAGAGGUUACACACUUGGACCUGACACUCCCCAUGGCCAUCACAUGAGGAAGGUCAAAGACCUCAAAAGCAACCUGAAAUACACGGAAGUAUAUGAAAAAAACAAGGCACAUAUCAACAUUGCUCCUGAUGCUCAUGAAAUUCGUGCCGCCAAAGAGGCCUACAAUAACAUCACCAAUCUUUACUACAAGAAGAAGUAUGAGGCCACCAAGAGCAAGUGGGUCUGGACUGUGGACAGACCUGAUUUUCUCCAUGCUGCUAAGAACAGCCUCCAGCAGAGUGACGCUGAGUACAAGUACGAUAGGGAAAUGCUGAAGGGCUGUGUAAUGUCUGUGACAGAUGACAAAUUGACAGUUCUGGCUAAGCAGAACACAGAUCUCUCUAGUCUUGUGAAAUACAAGGAGAAGUAUGAGAAAGCCAGGGGCCAUUACCAUGUUGUACCUGACACUCCUCAAAUGAUUCAUGCUAAAUCAGCGGGCAAACUUGUUUCUGAGACCAGAUACAAGGAGGCCAGCAAGAAAGAUCGUGCGACUGGUGGCUUCACCACUCUUCCUGAAACCCUUGAUACUGCCCACAGCAAAAAAAUUACCAAUAUCACAAGCCGUAACGUGUACAAGGAGAAGUUUGAAAAGGAGAAAGGCAAGUCCAAUUACAACAACAUGAUUGCCCCCCCUGACGUUCAGCAUGCUAUGGAUGUAGCCAAGAAACAGAGCAACAUUGCCUAUAAACAAGAGGCGAAAUCCAAGCUGAACUACACCUCGGUUGCUGACCGCCCAGACAUCAGGAAAGCUAGACAAGCUUCCAAGCUUAUUAGUAAUGUGGGUUAUCGUGACAAAGCUCGAGAGGAGGCCAGUCGUGGUGGAACAUUGCUCGGCCGACCUGAUAUCGCUCUUGCCACUGAAGUGUCCAAACUGACCAGCCUGGUGAAAUACAAGGAGAAGUUUGACAAGGAGAAAGGAAAGAGACCACAGUAUGAUCUAAGGAACAGCAAGAUUUAUAAAACUAUGAAGGACGCUAAUGACCUUGCAAGCGAGGUGAAGUACAAAGGAGACCUGAAGAAGAUUCACAAACCUGUUACGGACAUGGCCGAGUCCCUGUCCAUGCAGCACAGCCUGAGCACUAGCAAGCUGGCCAGUGAAUACCGAUACAAGAAGAAGUUUGAGGAAAGUAAGGGUCACUACCUUAUGAUAACCGACUCACCUGAGCAACUUCACCACAAAGAGGCCUCAGAGCUACAGAGUCAAGUGAAGUAUAAGGAGAAAUAUGAAAAAGAAAGAGGCAAAGCCAUGCUGGACUUUGAGACCCCUACAUACGUGACUGCUAAGGAGGCUCAACAUCUUCAGAGUCAGAAAGAGUAUAAGAAGGAUUUUGAGGAGUCAAUGAAAGGCAAGAACCUCUCUGGGUUGGAGGACACCCCUGCCAUGAUGCAUGUCAGACACGCAACGAAAAUUGCUAGUGAGAAAGAAUACAGGAGGGAUCUUGAGGAAGGGGUUAAGGGUAAAGGUCUUACAAUGCUGGAGGAAACUCCUGAGUUAAUGAGAGCAAAGAAUGCUACUCAUAUCCUGUGCGAGAGAGAGUACAAGAAAGGAUUGGAGGAAGAUAUCAAGGGAAAAGGAAUGUUGGCGUUGGCUAAUGACACCCCAGACUUCUUAAGGGCAAGGAAUGCCACUGAAAUCCUCAGUCAGACCAAGUACAAGCAGAGUGCGGAGCACGACAGAUCCACAUACACCACUGUACUUGACACCCCUGACAUCAUACACGCUCAGCAAGUCAGGAAUCUUGUGAGCCAGAAAAAAUACAAGGAGGAGGCUGAGAGGACAAUGUCUCAUUAUGUGCCCGUCCUGGACACUCCUGAGAUGCAGAGAGUGCGUGAAAACCAGAAAAACUUCAGCACCCUUCAGUACCAGCUUGACGUUAAAAACAGUAAGGGCAAAGUUUCAGCAGUUAAGGACACCCCUGAAAUGCUUCGUGUUAGAGAAAAUACAAAGAAUUUCAGCUCGAUCAAAUACAAGGAAGAGCUCGGUCAAGGAACAGCUAUAUCGGAAACUCCUGAGAUGGAGAGAGUCAAACGCAAUCAGGAGGCUAUAAGCACGAUUAAAUACAGGAAUUCACUAGGUCAAGGCAUAUCUAUAUCCGACCUUCCUGAAGUGAAACGUGUACGGGAAACUCAGAAGAACAUCAGCUCGAUCCAAUACAAGGAGGAUUUGGGAGGAGGAACAGCUAUAUCAGAAACCCCUGAGAUGGAGAGGGUUAAACGCAAUCAGCAAAAUAUUAGCACGAUAAAAUACAAGAAUUUGGUGGGUCAAGGCACAGCCAUUCCGGACCUGCCCGAGGUGAAGCGGGUCAGAGAGACUCAGAAGCACAUCAGCUCGGUCUUAUAUAAGGACACAUCUGCAAAGGGAACACCUGUGGUUUUCACUCCAGAGAUGGAGCGGGUGAAAAGGAACCAAGCUCAAAUUAGCUCGGUCCUGUAUUCUGACAGCUUCCGUAAGCAGGUGCAGGGCAAAGCCGCCUUUGUGCUUGACACCCCUGAGUUGAGACGUGUCAAAGAUUCUCAACGUAUCAUCUCUGGGGUCAGAUACCACGAGGACUUUGAGAAGAGUAAGGGCAGCUUCACUCCCACCAUCUCUGACCCCAUAACUGAGCGUGUGAAGAGGAACACCCAGGCUUUCAGUGACAUCAGCUACCGUGGCAUCCAGAGACGUGUCGUGGAGAUGGAGAGGAGACGUGCAGAGGAACACGAUCAGGAGACCACCACUGACCUGCGUGUGUGGCGCACAAACCCUGGCUCCGUCUUUGACUAUGACCCUGCUGAGGACAACAUCCAGUCCAGAAGUCUUCACAUGAUGUCAGUUCAAGCCCAGCGCCGCAGUAAGGAGCACUCCCGCUCCACCAGUGCAAUGAGCGGGGUGGGCGAUGAGAAGUCCGAGCUGUCCGAGAACGUGGACCACCGUACAUCUUUCUACAGCAAUGGCUUUGGGGUUUCCUCUUUUGGCUACCAGCAGACCAAGACUACUGAGGUUCAACAGAGAUCCUCCUCUGUGGCAACACAGCAGACCACCGUUUCUUCUGUACCCUCACAUCCUUCAACCACUGGAAAAACCGUCCGUGCCCUGUACGACUAUGCCGCCACUGACAACGACGAGGUGUCCUUUAGGGAUGGUGAUGUCAUCGUGAAUGUGCAGUCCAUUGAUGAAGGUUGGAUGUAUGGCACUGUGCAGCGUACUGGAAAGACUGGUAUGCUGCCAGCCAACUACGUCGAUGCCAUUUAAAUACAACUGAUGCCAUCUCAGACUCCCUCUGUAGGGAGUUUGAUAGCCAUUGGGCUUAAGACACUUGUAUACAUGUUACACUUUUGUUUGUCUUCAUUACUGUAUGAUUCGUUUGUGCCCAUGUCAUAAACUCUAUUGUGGUUGUGGCAUGUGAAACUGACUAAACUAUACAUACCUAUUUAAGUCACAGGUAAUUAUAUUUAUCUUUUUUGUUCAAAGUCUAAAAAAAAGAGUUAACUAACUGAAGCCCAUUAUUUUUGUAUGUUGCGAAUCACACUACAUUCAAAAUCUUUGGAUAGCCUGAAAAGUUGCAUAAUUUAAUCUUUUGUACAAGAGAUGGGCUCAUGAUUCACUUUAUAUGCGACAAAGAAAACGUUUAAGCGAUCGUUUUUAAGAACUGAACAGACUCUGAGUUUGCCACAUGAAAAGCAAAAUGCAAAAUAUUAAACUUGCAAACGUUGAGGAGACUCAAGCGAUUCCUCCCAAGUAAAACCAUAGAAAUUUAAAAACGAGCCUCCUCCCUCCCUUGCUGAAGGCUGGCCAUUAUUUUGCAUGUGUGUUUUGUUUCUUUGAUUCUGUAGGUGUGGAGUUAGAGGAAAAUGUUUACCUUGAAUCAGUAGCUAAUAAAGCACACCGCACUUCUGCAGUAAA